ACGGUCACCAUCCAUCAGAUGGCCUUCAUCGUGGUGUUCUUCAUGUUCACGAUGAUCCUCACCAUCACCUUCUUCAUCUACAGGAGGAUGAAGCUGGAGAAGGAGCUGGUGGCUCAGCUCUGGAGGAUCUCCUGGGACGACAUUCAGAUGGGGAGCCUGGAGAAAGUGCUGCGGAGCGGCAGCAGGAUCACACUGUCACUGAGAGGCUCUAACUGCGGCUCCCUGAUGACUGGGGAUGGGAACAUGCAGGUUUUUGCAAAAACUGGAUAUUUUAAGGGAAACAUCGUGGCCAUUAAAUACACCAACAGGAAGCGCAUCGAGCUGAACAGGGAGGUCCUGUUCGAGCUCAAACACAUGCGGGACGUUCAGAACGAACAUCUGACGAGGUUCAUCGGAGCGUGCAUCGACCCCCCCAACACCUGCAUCCUGUCAGAGUACUGCCCCAGAGGGAGUCUGCAGGACAUUUUGGAGAACGACAGCAUCACUCUGGACUGGAUGUUUAAAUAUUCUCUCAUCAAUGACAUCGUUAAGGGCAUGGUGUUCCUCCACAACAGCGUGAUCCUGUCUCACGGGAAACUCAAGUCCUCUAACUGUGUGGUGGAUAACCGCUUCGUGCUGAAGAUCACAGAUUACGGUCUGUCCAGCUUCAGGUCUGAGAGCUCGGGGAGAGACGCUCACGCAUAUUACGCCCAGAGGCUGUGGAUGGCUCCGGAGCUGCUGCGCAUGGAGGCGCCUCCUCCUCAGGGGACUCAGAAAGGAGACGUCUUCAGCUUCGGCAUCGUCCUCCAGGAGGUGGCGCUGCGCCACGGAGCCUUUUACUUGGAGGGAGACCCCCUCAGCCCCAAAGAGAUCGUGGAUCGGGUGGUUCUGGGAGAGUGGCCCUGCCUCCGGCCCAUCACCGACCCCCAGAGCCACAGUCCUGAGCUGGGCCAGCUGAUGCAGCGCUGCUGGGCGGAGGAGCCCACCGAGAGACCCGAGUUCAACCACAUCCGGCUGCUGCUGCGCAAACAGAACAAGGAGUCGAGGACUAACAUCCUGGAUAACCUCCUCUCCCGGAUGGAGCUGUACGCCAACAACCUGGAGGAGCUGGUGGAGGAGCGCACUCAGGCGUAUCACGAAGAGAAGAGGAAAGCAGAGACCCUGCUGUACCAGAUACUACCUCACUCGGUGGCGGAGCAGCUGAAACGGGGCGAGACGGUUCAGGCCGAGGCCUUCGACUCGGUCUCCAUUUACUUCAGCGACAUCGUGGGAUUCACCGCCAUCUCCGCUGAGAGCACGCCGCUGCAGGUGGUGACGCUGCUCAACGACCUCUACACCUGUUUCGACGCCAUCAUCGACAACUUUGAUGUUUACAAGGUGGAGACGAUAGGUGACGCAUACAUGGUGGUGUCGGGGUUGCCGGUGAGGAACGGGAACUUGCACGGGAGGGAAAUCGCCCGCAUGGCGCUCGCCCUGCUGCACGCCGUGCGAACAUUCAAGAUCUGCCACCGGCCCGAGCAGCAGCUGGAGCUGAGGAUAGGAGUUCACAGCGGGCCGGUGUGUGCGGGGGUGGUGGGUCUGAAGAUGCCGCGCUACUGUUUGUUCGGAGACACGGUCAACACGUCGUCACGCAUGGAGUCCAGCGGCGAAGCACUGAAGAUCCAUGUGUCGGCGGCGACUCACGACAUCUUGCAGGAGUUUAACUGCUUCCAGCUGGAGAGGAGAAGAGAGAUCGACGUGAAGGGCAAAGGGAAGAUGACCACCUAUUGGCUCCUGGGCGAGAGCGACAGCCAAUGACAAGACAGCUUCCAGGGGACAGAGAGGAGGGGACAGAGAGGAGGGGACAGAGAGGAGGGCGCGCUGACAGAGGAGACCCUUCUGAAACCUGUGCAGAGACAACAAUAAUAACUUGAUACCGUG